GGGCUCAGAGCGCGGCUGAAACGCGAAGGAAGAAGGGCACGGAAUUGUUGUCCGGGGUUAAAAAAAAGAAAAGAAAAGUGCCGAUACGAGUUCAAAUUUAAGUUAAAACGAAAACAUUGCCCAAAACGUAAAAAGCUAGCCGUAGCCGGGCACAGGACGUGGUUCCUCGACAGAAACCCGAGAAUGAGUCUGGACAAGGCGGAACUGUGUGAUUCCCUACUAAACUGGCUGCAGACUUUCCAAGUGCCUUCAUGUACCAGCAAGAAAGACCUCACGACAGGAGUAGCCAUAGCGCACGUGCUGCACAGAAUAGACCCCUCCUGGUUUAACGAGACAUGGCUGGGCAGAAUCAAGGAGGACAGCGACUCCAACUGGCGCCUCAAGGUCAACAACUUGAAGAAGAUCCUCCAGAGCAUGUUGGAGUACUAUCACGACGUGCUGGGCCACCAGGUGUCGGAGCAGCACCUGCCGGACGUGGCCCUGAUCGGGGAGCACGGCGACAUCACGGAGCUGGGCCGCCUGGUGCAGCUGGUUCUGGGCUGCGCCGUAAGCUGUGAGAAGAAGCAAGAGCAGAUCCAGCAGAUCAUGACCCUGGAGGAAUCCGUCCAGCACGUUGUCAUGACAGCCAUUCAGGAGCUUCUCGCCAAAGACCCUCCGUCAGACCCAGCGAGUCCAGAGACCUACGGGGACUUUGACCACCAGUCCAGGAAGUACUACUUCCUGAGCGAGGAGGCCGACGAGAAAGAGGACCUGGGCCAGCGCUGCCGGACCCUGGAGCUACAGUUGUCCACUGUGAUGGAGGAGCGCUCGUCCCUGCAGGCUGAAGCUCGCUCUCUCAGGGAGCGACUGAACGGGGGUCAUGACCCCACCGCCAUCACCGGCAAGAAACUGCUGCUGCUGCAGAGCCAGAUGGAGCAGAUGCAGGAGGAGAACUACAGACUGGAGAACAGCCGGGACGACAUGCGUGUGCGAGCCGACAUGCUCCAGCGGGAGGUGCUGGACCUCCAGGGACGCAACGAGGACCUCACCUCCCUGGCCGAGGAGGCCCAGACGCUGAAGGACGAGAUGGACAUCCUCCGGCACUCGUCGGACCGUGCAGGCCGCCUGGAGGCCCUGGUGGAGACCUACAAGAGGAGGCUGGAGGACCUGGGGGACCUGCGGCGGCAGGUGCGCCUCCUGGAGGAGCGCAACACGGUGUACAUGCAGCGCACCUGUGAGCUGGAGGAGGAGCUGAGGAGGGCCAACGCCGUGCGCUCACAGCUGGACUCCUACAAGAGACAGGUCCAUGAGCUGGACUCCAGACACUCUACAGAGGCCAUGAAGGCUGAGAAGUGGCAGUUUGAGUACAAGAACCUCCAUGACAAGUACGAGGCCCUGGUCAAGGAGAAGGAGCGUCUACUGUCGGAGCGCGACACGCUCAGAGAGACCAAUGAGGAGCUGCGCUGCGUCCAGGUGCAGCAGAAGGGGCUCAGCGAGACAGGAGGUUUGUGUGGAGACUCAGGCCCGGUGGGGAGCCUAGCAGCGGAGUUCAUGCCCACGGAGUUCAAGGAGACGGUGGGGCGCCUGCAGACCGAGAACCGGAUGCUGUGUCUCCAGGAGGAGAGCGUCCGGCAGCGGCUGACGGAGCUGGAGGCGCAGCUGGAGGAGGCGCAGCGGGCCAACAACGCCCUGGAGACGCACAACAGGCUGAACCGGCAGCAGAAGUCGGAGCUGGGCUCCCAGGUGGAGGAGCUCCAGAAGGCCCUUCAGGACAUGGGCAGCAAGACUGAGGACUCGUCUCUACUGAAGAAGAAGCUGGAGGAGCACCUGGAGAAGCUGAACGAGGCACACUCUGACCUGCAGAAGAAGAAGGAGGUCAUCGACGACCUGGAGCCCAAAGAGGGCGGGGACAAACUGUCCAAGAAGAUCGAUGAGCUGCAGCAGAGUCUGAAGAAGAAGGACGAGGACAUGAGGCAGAUGGAGGACCGGUACAAGCUCUACGUGGAAAAGGCCCGAACCGUGAUCAGGACCCUGGAGCCAACCCAGCAGCAACCGCUGGCCUCCCCUGAGGUCACGGCCCUGAAGAACCAGCUGACCGAGAGGGAGAAGAGGCUCAAGCACCUGGAGAACGACUACGAGAAGAACAGGAACCGGCACGACCAGGAGGAGAAGCUGAUCAUCUCGGCCUGGUACAACAUGGGUCUGGCGCUGCACCAGAAAGUGAGCGGGGAUCGGAUUGGUUCCUCAGGCCCGGCCAUGUCCUUCCUGGCCCAGCAGAGGCAGUCCACCAACGCCAGGAGAGGGCUGACCCGGCCCCAGCCCCGAUGAGACCUCCGUCUGCUCCUCCUGCUCCCCUCUGGGGCCCUCCUGCUGGAUCUGAACCCCUGCUGGAUGCUCAGACCCAGCGGGCAUUCAGGAGACGGGUUCUAUGUGAAUUAGACCCAUAGGGUCUAAUUCACAUAGAACCCGUCCUCUGAAUGCAUGGUGGGAUGCCUGCUCGCUCUGAACACCAGCUGGGUGCAUUAAGCAUUAAGAACACUGGUACUGGGUGACACGGGCCCAUAGGUGCUGUUGCCAUGCGUGUUGUUACCAUGACAACAGUGCCGUCUGUAGAAGGUACUCCUUGGAGGUUUUUCUUACCAAAACUGCCUUUUUCCCCCCCCCUCGGUUUGGUGGCCUUAAUGCCUUCUUCUACUAGUGGUUACUGACCCCUCGAGGCAGCCUGGACUUACUGCUGCUGUUAUUGUGUCUCCUACUGCUGGACUGUUGUGGAAUGACACCCCAGAGAGACGCCGUAUUGUUUCAUACAGUCUCUAGGGAAGUCAGACCUGCUGCGGUACGACCGAUGGGAACUUUCGGAUCAAUCGGCGAAGAGACAAACAUGAGAGAGUUUUUAAUUAUUUUAUUUCAAUCAUUUCUUUUCCCAUCAUUUCUUUCCAUUUUGGUGUAAUUGUGUGCUGUUUAAUUUCCUUAUUUUAACGUGUAGAGUUCUGUUUUUAAGGAGAAGAGGCGGUGCUUGUGUGCAUCACGUAUGAAGGACAUUUCUGUCGUUGUUCUUCCACUAUGUUUUACUGGAGCUCAGAGUGGUGGUGGAGUGGAGCUAGUCCGGUCGUUGUUCUUCCACUAUGUUUUACUGGAGCUCAGAGUGGUGGUGGAGUGGAGCUAGUCCGGUCGUUGUUCUUCCACUAUGUUUUACUGGAGCUCAGAGUGGUGGUGGAGUGGAGCUAGUCCGGUCGUUGUUCCUUCACCAUGUUUUACUGGAGCUCAGGGUGGUGGAGUGGAGCCGGUCCGGUCCUGAUCCACCAAACCUUGCUCCACACUGCCCCCUUCUGGCCGGUUUUGAUUUUAGACUACUUUACUUAAGAUUUUCUUUCUGGUUCCACUUUAAUAGACAGGGUUUUGACGGACGUGGAAGAGUCCCGUUGCUGUGUGGAGGCUUUAAUCUUUAUUAUAUAAUGUGAACAAUGGGUAGGAUUAACAAUAUAUUCAUCAAAGCACUUUUACCCCCCCUCCCCCUGCCACGGGCCCUGUGCCUGUAGAAUACACUACUAGCUUCUCUGACUUCUCUGUCAGCGGGAGUUCCUUUAAGCUACAGCCCUCCUGCCCUGGUCGUCUUCCACGGCGGUGGGUCACAACUGAUGGCCUCAACGGGCCACCGUACAGCAAUACUUUAAUUAUUUGGCACUUUACAGACGAUGCCUCUUGGUACUUUAUGAGGACAUAACCGUGACAUUUCUACGAGUUUGAAUGAGCUCGACAGGGGAGACGGAAGUAGUGGGAUGAGGUCAUUUUGGAACUAAUGAAGGACCUAUUUAUCAUAUGCUGGAUGGGGCAGAAAGCUGCUGUCACCAUGAAUCACAGAAUGUCAGAAACAUUCACUUGUAUGCUGGAUUUUGGUCCCUACGCUUUUGUUCAGUUUGUGUAUUUCUGUGAUCCUCAAACCUGUAGACUAGAAUAAGCAGAUGUACUUCUUUUUUUUCGGGACAAAACAAUCCACUGCUUUGGUAUGAUUUAGACCUGAAAUAGCAUAGCUAUCGCCUUUUUUAUUUAAUUUUUUUACAAACACUACAUCUAGCAAACCUAAGCAGGCUAGCACUAGCAUGACACGGUUUCAGAAACGGUUGCGUGCUAGCGUUAGCCUGGCUCGUGCUAGCUUUUGUGCUGCAAGCAUACGUCUUGUUCUUGUAUCAGUCGACCGUAACUGUUCUGUAGCCUUAGCCUAGCGCUAGAGUGUAGGAUUACCAUCUGUCAACUGGAACCUUGUUUGCAGGCUUUAGCCUAGCUUGUGUGCUGCUAGUGUUAGCCUCGAGUGUGAGUUAAAGCUGAUGUAAUUUUGUACCGAACCCCCCCCAAAAAGCAUCCGUGUUGUGAUCCCAGCUAGCGGCUAGCAGACCUUGGCUAGUCCUAUGUGUACCUCCUUGUCAUACUUUUGGUCUAAUACUGGAUAUUUAUGUGGUGUUUUUUCUCAGUCUAUCUGCAUGGUUUGAAAUGGUUGUCUUGGUUUGUUUUAAUUAUUUUAUCUUCAUGGUUGUAUAUCAGUGGGACUGGUUGAUUUGACAGGACUUUGCUUAAAGAGGGGGUUCGGAAAAAGGUUGUCUAGGUGCUGUAGUCCUGCCUAGUCUGCACUACGAAUAAAUGGGGACUGAAGAAA